UGUCGACAGUGUCCACCAAUCAGUGAAGCAAUUACCUAGUGUUCCGCUCCUCUUCCUUCGUGAACGCCUACCUAUCGGACAUGUUAAUUUGGAAAACCAUUGCGGCAAGAACUGAGAGGAAAUGAAAAUAAAAGAAAUUUUUUGAUAAGUGAUUAGGUUUUGAAAAGAAAGGAAACUGUAAGGGACAACCGAAUGUUUUAAAUUUACCGUUGCAAAACAAAACGGACUACUACUCAAUACUAGGCAAGCAUGUCGUCUUGUGUUUCAUGGUAUCCUUUCAAUGAUUCCGCCAUUUGCAGAAAACGGAGACACUCACAUCAGAGCGUGCAAAACCCUUUGUGCGCUAGGUUACUACAUGAGGCAACCCUCAGGUUUACAGUAGUGACUAGGUUUUAUUACAUCUCCUUCAACCUAGGGCUAAUACUUUACAUCCAGCUGUUUUUCCGUUAGCAGAGUCCUGUAAGGUGAAAGCUUGGAGAUAUCAUGGCGGGCAUUAUUUGCAAGAUCUCACGUCAGACUGCUCAUACCCUCCGACAACAUAAUAUAGACGUCGUGAAAUCGAAUUUCAGCCGUUUGGUCGAUGCUUGCCUUUGCUCCUUACCUGGUAAUGGUGUUGGGGCUUGUCUUGUGCGUCAGAACUACUUCUGCAUCAUCGCUCUUCGCGGAUUCGAACACCGUUCCCAGCUCAGAAACGUUGGAGGAGCUGGAUUUAAUCCAAUCCAUAGAUGUUCCCUUUUCGGAUCCUUUGACGCAGUACUUCGUCACGGGGUUUGAUGGGUUCCCCGCAUUCGGGUUCCGCCUAGGGGCGAACAUCAAGCAGCCCUACCGGCUAUUUCUGCCCGAGAGGUUCUACAGGGUUUUCUCGAUCACGGUGGCCUUGAAACCGGACAAUGCGAAUUCUAUGUUUGCGUUUGCCGUGACGAACCCUCUGGAGAACAUCAUCCAGCUGGGAGUGGGUCUGACCCCGGCGGCAGAGCUGGGCUUCACCAACAUCUCCCUCUACUACACAGAUGUCGAGAGACACAUGACGUCACAGACGAUAGCCUCCUUCAUAGUGCCGGAAUUCUUGGGGGCUUGGAGCAGGUUUGCAUUCAGCGUCGGGGAAGAUGAAAUCCAGUUUUUUUACAACUGCGAGUUGUACAACAGCCUCUUGGUCAAACGAGUUCCCAAACAGCUGGUUUUCGACUCGGCGUCGACGCUGUACGUCGGGCAGGCCGGGGGCAUUUUCAAAGGGGACUUUGAGGGCGCCCUCCAGGAGCUCAAGGUCUUCAACGACCCUAGCAGAGCAAAUGUCCAGUGCGACGACUCCAUUUCGUCCUUUGGUUCUGGAGAUGGAAGAAGCGAUAUUAGCAUUGAAGAUGAAAUCUUGUCUGACAUGGAGGAUGACGAGGAAAUCACCCUCCCCUCCUUCGAAGGGUCUGGUUACGACAGCCUUGAUGGACCUCUGCCCCCACCAAUACCCCCGCCGCCCCCUGGGUAUGGCAUCCCAGGACCCAAAGGAGAAAAGGGUGACGCAGGUGAAAGGGGUCCUCCAGGAGAGUCCGUGGCUGGUCCACCUGGUCCUCCUGGUCCUCCCUGUGCGACGGAGGGCGACAUGGGAGGAGCUGUCAAUUUCACGCCGGCAGGAUUUGAAGGGGGGGUGCAGGGUCCUCCUGGCCCAAUGGGCGAAUGUUCCUGCAACAAGUCAUCCUUGGUUGCCAUGGUGUUGACGCAGAUCCCGAAAGGUUCCCCCGGGCCGAAAGGCCCCCAGGGAAGAGAUGGCAUGCCGGGCACCCCCGGGACGGCAGGUACCCCCGGGCCCCCGGGCGAGAGAGGAUACCCAGGACCUCCUGGUCAGAAAGGAGACAGAGGAGAUCAAGGGGAUCCAGGACCCGAAGGUCUUCAAGGCCCCAAAGGGGAAUCGGGCAUGGACGGUGCCCCCGGACUUCCGGGAGAGAGGGGCCCUAGGGGGCCACCGGGGCCUCCUGGUUGGGGUAAUCCAGGAGGCAUUGACGUGGAAAGGGUGAAUGACGGGGAUCAGUCGCGCCUCGGCAUCCCCGGCCUUCCAGGUCCCAAGGGUGACAGGGGUUACCCGGGUCCCAGGGGUACCCGAGGAUACCCCGGUAUCAAAGGCGAGCGAGGAAACACUGGGAAAGAUGGAGGUAAAGGAGAACCGGGUCGCCCUGGUGAACCUGGAUUCUCAGGUCCUAAGGGAGAACAAGGAGCAUCUGGGACGAAUGGAGUUCCUGGCCCGCCAGGAUUCAUUGGUCUACCUGGGGAUAAGGGACAGAAAGGUGACAAGGGUCCACCUGGUAUUGGGGAACCAGGCCCUCCCGGUAGCCCAGGGGGGCUCACGGCUCAUGAUCGACGAAUAAUCAUCGACCAGCUCCUCAACACACUCGAGAGUAAGACGGCUGACCCGGACGGCAGCUUCGGAGCUGGCGGCAUAAAUCUCUAUGAUAACUCGGGGGGAGUUCCUUGGGUGACAGACUACGAUGAUGAAGAUUUCGCUCUGGAGGGAUCAGGACUGGUGGCCUACAAGCCUUUCUAUCCAAAGGGUGGCUUAAGAGGACCACCAGGACCACCUGGUAUACCAGGCAUCCAAGGAUCUCCAGGAAAUCCAGGUAUCCCAGGAAACCCAGGAUUGCCUGGAAUCAAAGGAAUUUCAGGAGUAAAGGGUGCAAGAGGUGAAAAUGGACUGCCAGGACUCCCAGGUGAAAUAGGAUCGCCAGGGCCCCAGGGUUUGAAAGGAGAUGUUGGCCCCAGAGGUCCUCCUGGUCCUAUCACUACCAUUAUCCAGCCUGAUGGGACCAACAUCACUGUUGUAAAGGGCAGCAAAGGAGACCGGGGCAGGCGAGGCAAGCGAGGUCGUCCAGGCCAACCAGGUCCACCAGGGACAUUCGGUGACCUGGGCCUUCCUGGCUGGCCGAAUGUCACUGAAUUUGGACUACCAGGAAGACCAGGUCCACCGGGCCCCCCUGGUAACCCAGGAAUUGGGAUCAAAGGAGAAAAUGGAGCUCCGGGACCACCAGGACCCCCAGGACCUCCAUCACCAUCUUCUGCAGGAGGAUUCUUCAAUGGUAUCCUCGGUGGCAGUAGUUCAGACGACACAAGAAACUCGAAUCCUGGCCCACCAGGUUUGCCAGGUCCUGUUGGGCCAUCAGGUCCCCCUGGACCACCUGGACCACCUGGGUUACCCGCUCAACCACUUAGGGGAAUUGAUGGGGAGAUGUUCAUCCCUGUACCUGGUCCAGCUGGACCACCAGGUCCACCUGGUCCUCCUGGCCCUCCAGGGCUGUCAAUUGAAGGCCCUGAAGGUAGACCAGGUGCCCCUGGGUCACCUGGAAGAGGGUUCCCUGGAAAACCAGGGCCACCUGGAGAGCCAGGUUCCAGUAUACCUGGCCCAAGAGGGAACCUUGGAGGUAUUGCAGAACUACGCCGAUGGAUCUCUGGAAAGCCCAGGAAUAGAGGUCGUGCAGGAGGAGAUGGCAGUGAAAGAUCCUUUGCUGUUGUCCCAGGAGCCAUUACCUUUCCUACAAGACAAGAUAUGCUGAAGAUGAGUGAAGCUUCUCUUGUAGGGACUUUGGCAUUCAUAAUUGAGGAGGAAGCACUCCUUGUAAGAGUGAAUGCUGGAUGGCAAUAUGUUGCGUUAGGAUCUGUGAUCCCCUUGCCCAGCCCUACGCCACCACCAUUAACAACACCCCUGAAUACAGAAAGUGCUCGACCACCACCCCCGGAAGGAAGAUCACUUGUUGUGGAAAAUGAACCUAAGUUACGCCUGGCAGCACUCAACGAGCCAUUUACAGGAGACAUGACGGGAGUUCGUGGUGCUGAUUAUGCCUGUUAUAGGGAGGCUAGAAGAGCUGGUCUUAGUGGAACCUUCAGAGCUCUUCUUACAUCUAGGGUUCAGAACUUAGAUUCCAUAGUCCGUUAUUCAGACAGGAGUCUGCCAGUCGUCAAUCUCAAGGGAGAGAUUCUGUUUAACUCUUGGCGGGAUGCCUUUUCGGGAUCCGGAGGAACUUUUGCACAGAAACCUAGGAUCUUCAGCUUUGAUUUAAAGAAUGUUGUGAAGGACCCCACAUGGCCACAGAAAUAUAUCUGGCAUGGCUCCAACUUGGAUGGAGAAAGAGCUCUUUCAUCAUACUGCGAUGCAUGGCACACUAACGCCAAAGAUGUUGUUGGCUUAGCAUCAUCCUUGCACAAGAAUCGUCUCUUGGGUCAGGAGAGGAUGGGCUGCCACAACUCUUUUAUUGUCCUAUGCAUUGAAGCCACCGGGAAAGCACACUUCAGGCGCAGACGCCAUGCUCCUCACUCACCACAUACAUCUUCAUCUUUGUCAUUAGAACAGGAAAUGACUAGCGAGGAGUAUCAGGAAUUUUUGAAUAAGAUCAUGAAUGAAGAAAAUGUGUGAAGAAACAUCCUUCCAUUAAUUAUAUCUCAAACAGUGAGUGGACUUUCACUUAAAAAAGGCACAGUGGUUGUGAAAGUUGCUUAAGAAUUAACUUUCACAGACAACAGUUUCAUGACAUUAAGUUAUUACUCAUUUGGUGCUGCUUUAAACAAUAGAAACCCAUCCUACUACUUCUUUUUAUCGGACAGUAUAAUACUAAGUAUUACCUUCCAACUUUUACUGAUGGACAGUUGUGUUUAAUCUGAUUUAUCCGUUAAGAAACAACGACUUCCACCUUGUAAUGCUUCUGUCGAGUCACAGAGACAUAAAAUGACGGCAGUAUCUGUUGUUGUACGUAAUAUUACGGGUCGUGGCUCUUUGGAAGUAAAGUUGUUUACUUCAAGUCUUAGUCAGUGUUACCAAUAACUGUUAGCUGUUGUAGCUCUAUUUAGCAAACCCUGGAUUAGCCUUCUGGUACUUCAAUUUACACUUCUAUUUAGAAAGAGAACAUAUGUCUAGAACUGCUCUAGAUUUCAAUGGCCACUCCCAGAAGAUCCAUGCUGUCACCUACUUUGUGUGUUUAGGACAUUGAAAAUUAUGUACUUGACCAGCUCUGAGUCAGAAUGGGAGUAUAAUGAAGUUCUAGAAUUUGGCUUUUGUCUGAGCCUAAAGAACAUCAUAACUGUUAGGCUUUUCGGCACCCGACAGGAAGAUGAUAUACGAACUGAAAGACUUGAGUCAGGGGAUAUGUUUACAUCUGCUUCCUUACAGGAAUGAACAGUUGGUAAUGUCUUGUACUUGUGUAUUCAGAUGUUUACAACAGGUAAGAGAUCAGUGUUGAAUGCAAGGUCAAAAACCAAGAAAGUACAUUGUAAUCUUGCAUUUUAUGUAUUGGUUUCUAUCAGAUUAAUGCAGGAGAAUUAUCUGAAGUUUGUAAGUGCUUAGUUUAUUUACCUAAAAUUGGAAAACUCAUAUACUGAAAUACAAACUUUAGUUUUAUAGAUUAGGUUACAAUUAUGCAAGUUGUUCAUUAGAAGUUAUUAAAACAAGGGACAUUUCGUGUUUUGUAAAGUGAACAAAUUUUAUAUUUUUUUCUCACUAUGUAUUUCUUUCCUCAAUUGCCAAACAAAAAAUAUUCCAUGGAACUUUACAUUAUUACUUUUCUUAUGUUAUUAAUAUAAAACAUAAUAUAAGGUAAUGAACUAUAAACAUUCAAAACUAAUAAGAAAAAAUAAUUCUGUGAAUAGUUAAUUAGAAACAUAACGUUCCAUUUUUUCCAGUGUCAUAUAAAUUAAACUUUAUUUAGGGCCUACUUGUUUUUGGGAAAAUUCUCAUUAAAUUCCCAACACCUUAGUGAGUUUAUAUGAUGCUAUCAGUGUCUUGGAUUCUGACGGAAUCUUUGCAGCAACUGAAAAUGCUUCUUUUAUGUUUUAGGAAUGUAAAUAAAUGUCUAUGUUUGACUUAGAAUGACUCAACCAAGUUGUUCCUAUAUGUUGAGAAAUCAGAGUAGCCAUUCUGCAGUGAGAUAGAAAUCAAUUACUAUUUGAUCUUCCAUUUUUGCCAUUUCACUCGCAUCUUUUACAAUGGUCGUGACAAGUUGUAUGUGCUUUUGAGAGUGUUGUACUUGUUUCCCUAGUAGUGUAUGUAGUGAAUAACUUAAAAAAUAGCUCUACGUAUUACUAAAGAACUGGUUGAUCAUCCACAGGGCUCUGAGAGCUCCAAGAAAACAAAAAAAAGUUUCAAUAAGGCAUUUAAAUAUCAAGUGGAUUUACUCAAUCCUUGGUCUCGUCCACUGAUCAGAUUGCCCCUUCCAACCUCACAUGCCUUUCCUGCUCGAAAGGCUCUAUGUAUUUUAUUCUACUUGACUUAAACUUUAAAAGUCAGAAUUUUUAGUUAUGUUAAAACAUGAAUUCAGCCAAUCUCUUUUUUUUCCCCUCCCUGUUUUAGUCAGCUGACUGUUGAAUUCUUUCCCACCUGAGCUGAGGAUGACAAACUUCCCUUCAAAGCUAGUACAGUAUUCUCCAUACUUGUCUUCCUUUUAGAAUUACCUAUCAAACAGUGGAUAAGUCGUGUAUUAUUAGAAUUUUCUGAUAAUGUUUCUCAUAUUGUACAUUGUUCUAAUACCAGUUAUGUGUUCUUUACAUUUAUGUAGGAUAUAUUAAAUGCUGCUUUAGGGUAUUGCUGCCAUGCAGUUGCAUUAACUCCUAUUUAAUUCCAAGUCACUCUUGAGAAAGUGAGAAUGGAUGUUGAUCCUACCUCUUCUGAAAAAGAAGUCCCAUUAGUGAAAAUGAAUCCAUACAGAAACUAUGAUCUUACUACAUAGGAUCAUACAGAAACCAGCUACAACAUGUUGCUCUUGCAUUCAUGACUGUAAACUUAAAGAUCUUUAUGUUUGAAAUAUUCCUGACUGUGAAGGUUUAAAAGUUUAAAUAUGGAAUGUAACACCUAAUUUCAAAUAUUUAAUUGAUGCUAAUUGGAGAUAGUAUCCUGGUCCUUAUGGUAUUUGAAAACUAGCAGGAUCAGCCUCUCCCCUCAACUUAUAUUCUAUCUUUUUGUGAAAUGUAAGUGACGUUAAGGGUUAAGCUUUAUAAACUAUAGAUAGCCAGUGUUUUACAGAUUUUUAUUGCUAUUUUUGCUCACUAUUUUGUAGAUUAUAGCAUGUUUUAUAUCUUAAUUUUUUUCAUCUUGAAUAUUCUUCAGACUUGAGGUAAUCUUUUAAAUCUUUUAUUUUCAUUAAUCAAGUUUUUAUUCUCUCUCUUUCCUACAUAUUUUAUGGAAAUUAAAUUCUCUCUCUUUCCUACAUAUUUUAUGGAAAUUUAGAAAAAACUGAUCAUAAUGUUAAUAUUUUUUUAAAUUAAGCAAAUAAAAACCAAUCUGUCUUUCAGAAGAUUUAGGAGAAUUGCAGAGUUCUUUCUUCUUUCUUUUCACAUAAAUAAUUUAUGAAAAGUAAGCAAAAAGAACAGUCCUCUCUCCUCACACAAAUGAAAGCUGAACAAAAACACACACACUGUCCCACUCUGUUCAGUGAAAGUGAAACAAAAACAACAAUAAUCUUUGAGGCAAAAAAAAAAAAAAAAAAGUCUAAAGACAUCAAGCUUUACUAGAAUGAAACUGCUUGAUUAUUAUUGUGGGGUAGUGUGAACUAAUGCAUCAUAGCAUCUAUUGCCAAAGCAGUCUUUUAUCUACAUUAUAGUAAUUUCUAAAAUGUCUAGUGUAUAUUAUUUAUGAUACUGAUGAAUCUGUAAUUACCUUUGUAACAUUGAUAAUGUUAUAUGUAUAUGUAUUUUUAUUCCAUCUUUGUUAAUCCAUUUUUAAUAUUUUUAAGUUUCUAGCUUUUUAUCAUUUUAAUGUAUAGUAGUUCUUAAAUUUUUUGUAGUUUUGCUGGUAACUAGUCAUGUAUGUUAUACUCUAGGAGUAAGCCAGCAACAAGCUCUCUAGAAUUGUAAAGUUCAACUAGAUAAAAUAUGGCUGUCAAGCAUCCUGCAGGAUUUUAAGAUUGCCAACAAGUAUCUUACAACAUUCGUUGUAACAGAAGUGUUUUUCGUAAUAUUGUCUUCUGUAAAGCCUGCUGGAAGGUUUAUGAAUUUUUGUAAUAUAGAAUUAUGGGAUAUAUUUGUCUUUUGAUAUCAGUGGCAUUCAGAUAACUAAUAUAUUUUUAGAAUUGCCAGAGUACUGGGCUCAUCUGUGUUAUUUUGGAAAGGUUUCUUAAGGUGCUUUUGCUGUCAACCAUUGCUGGAUGGUUAAAUAAUAUCUGCAAAAUUAAGUGGCAUUAAAGGUAUCCAUAGAAUUGGUUUUAAAUCAUAGGUUAGAUCACAAAAUGUACUAAACAGCACAGCAUUGUAAAGUCAUAAAAUUCAAUUAGUAGUACCGAUAUUGCUAUCCAUUAUAAAUUCUCAGUUGAAGUUACAUGAAAUUGCAGUGCAGAAUUAAAUUGUACCAAGAUUCUUGUUUUGUUGUUUAUUAUACAAUAAACUGUUUCAGAUAUCCUAUAAGAAGUGGAUAAAUAUGACAAAUAUGUAAACAGUCUGUCCUAACUUGGUCAAAAAUAAGUACUACAUUAUAGGAAUACUAAAUUUAUUUUGCCUGUGACAGAUAUUGUAAUUAGCUUUAAUAUUAUUUAUUUUUUGAGCUUAGUGACUGAAAAACAAGUUCUCAUCUGAUUGUCAAGUAGAGGAAAUGUUGGCAAGACAGAAUAUUUUUCUUUAGGUUUAUCACUAUACAUCAAAUUUUUUUUCAUUAAUGUGAUUCAUAAUUGUGUUCUAGUUUUUUUUAUUCAAUUAUGAACAACUUUACUUUUAGCAGAAGGAAUCCUGAUGUUAAAAAAUUACUUUUUGUAACUUAUAGUCACAUAAACCAAAAUACUUUAACUGAAUGCUUUGGUUGCUGUUAUUCAUUGUUUUCAAGUCUUAUUUCUCUUAGAUUAUAUAUGUAAAAUAUCCAGUUACUCAGUUAUUAAAUAUUUUAUAUUCUUCCUUUCUGGUGUAAGCUUAUGAAGUCAGAUCCUCCUAAUUAUCAUAUAAUUUUUUUUUAUUUCACCUUUUAUUUCCCGUAUGUAGUUCCCAUGUAAUGACAAAGUGACAUUAAGCAGUCGACCUCCAGUAUUUGCGUGGGUGUGUACUCCCUUCUAAAAAUGCUCAGAACUGCUUGUUUUGAUAGUUCAAUCACAAAAAUAAAAAUCCUCUAAAAAUGUUUAUGCCUGAGUAUUUUAAUAGUUUUAUCACAAAAAGUGUAUUUAGUCAUGAAAAUUAUAUGAAAAUACAGACUAUUAGUGAAUAUUUCUCCGUAAAAAAAACCAUAAAUAUUGUGUACUACAGUAAGAACCCCGUAUUCGCAGACCCCCCAUGAACAGUUAAAAUCCGCGAAUAGUUAACACCCCCCGCCCCCUUCCCCCUAAAAAAAGGCUUAUAACUGCCUAUCUUGAAAAUUCAAAUACCAAAUGUAAAUUUAAAGUAUCAUCCUACAUCAAAUAGGUAUACUUGAAAUUAUUAUUCUAUUACUGUAUUAAUCUUUGAAAUUAUAUUAAUAUUUCAAAGUCAUCUUAAACAUUUUACCAUUAAAACUAUAGUAUACAUACAGCCAAUAAGAGAGAGAGAGACCAUUGAAUGGGCAACAUCAUAAAUCUGACCAUCAAGAGUGUAAUUAUUUAUGAAUUAUUGUGGAGACAGAAUAAUAAGAGAAAGAGAGAAUAACUCCUUGCAAUAUCAAAAGAACGAAAUGAACCUCUAUGGGCAACGCUUCUUCCCCUCCGUCAAUACGUAUAUCAAACUGUCAUUUACUCCUGCCCCUCCUUUCUUGAAGUGAAUAAAAAGACUGGAAAUCACUAUUUCUUUUAUUAAUCUUAUUAAUUUUUGAAAAUUAGUUAUUAAUUUUUGAAAAUUAGUUAUUAGGUAAAUCAUUUAUUUAUAAUACAAAACAAAUAAACAUAUGUAGUUAAGAGAGAGAGAGAAAAAUUAUAUUAUUUUAUUUAAUGGUGUUAUUUAGUCUCAUUAAACUGAAUAUUAUUUAUCAUAUAAUGUACAUAUUUAACCACUACCCCUUCCAGCAGUAAGAGGGUAAGUAGUUGUAUCCAUUUCUCAUUUUAUGCAUUGGCAAAGAGAGAGAUGAAAGAAGAUAUACUAAUUAGAAAUGAGUUGAAUCCGCUGUCAGUUUCUGUGAGUAAUAUGACAUUUCUGACAGGCCGACCCUCCCCCCUUCCUUCAUAACUUAAAGGAAAAAGAUGCAGGAUGAAUUCUGUUUCUUUAAAUUUUUUAAAUAACUUGCUAUAGAAGGAUAUAAAUAUUGUAAUAACUGUAUUAUUAUUAUUUUUAAUUACAUAUUAUUUUUCAGUAUUGCUUAGAAUGGCUGGCAAUGUGCCAAUGGAGAUCAUGUCAAAAACAGUGGAUUCCAGGGACAAUUAUUAUUCUACAUAGAAAUACAGCCCUCUCUCUCUCUCUCUCUCUCUCUCUCUCUCUCUCUCUCUCUCUCCUUAUUUUCUCGCAGCGUUUCAACUCAGGCUCUGCUGGUAAUCUUCCAGGUGAAGGUUGGAGUUGGACAGAUGCUGUUAGCAGUCCUGUAGUGUUUUAUACCAGUGGUACCAGCUGGGUGCAAUGGGAUGUUGAUAUUUAAUUGGCUGCACGCUGAGGACUGUCUGUUAUUGGCUGCUUACUCACUGCCUCAAGACAGUUGCUGGAGUUGAUGGUUUCCCUGCCGUUGCCUUGAUGAUCGUCUCAGCACUUGGUUGAUAUCUUGGGAAGCUGCAUUUUCACUGGGUCUUCACUCAUUCCUGGUGGUGGUGUCAGUGUUUCCUUCAUCGGGGGUUCAUCUUCAGGAAUAUUGACAGUAUUAUUUGUUAAUACCAUUGGGCCUUGAGUCAGGUUCCGCCUUAAGCUUGUGGGAGGUAGGAAGGCUUCUUGUGUUGUUCAGAGAGGGCUUUUUUCCCCAAAAUGAAUAGCACUUCCAACAAGCACAGAUGCUAUUCAUUUUGGAAAAAAAAUCCCUCCCUGAACACGACACAAGAAGCCUUCAUCCUUCCCAUGAGCUUAAGGCAGAACCUGACCUAAGGACCAAUGGUAUUAACAAAUAAUACCAUCAAUAUUCCCGAAGAUGACCCCCCAAUGAAGGAAACACCGACAACAACACCAGGAAUGAUGUCAUAGAGCAAAGACCCAAUGAAAAUGCAGCUUCCCAAGACGUCAAUCAAUUGUUGAGACGAUCAUCAAGGCUAUGUCAGAGAAACCAUCAACUCCAGCAACUGUCUUGAGGCAGUGAUUAAGCAGCCACUAGCAGACAGUCCUUAUUGCGCAGCCAAUCAAAAAUCAACAUACCUUUGCACCCCGCUGGCACCACUGGUAUAAAGCACUGCAGGACUCCUAACAGCAUCAGUCCAACUCCAACCUUCGCCUGGAAGAUUACCAGCAGAACCUAAGUUGAAACGUUGCCAGAAAAUAAGAAGAAAUAACAAGAAAGAGAGAGAGAAAAACAAGACUGAUGUAUUUCUAUGCAGAAUAAUCAUUGUUCCUUGAAUCCACAGUUUUUGACAUGUUCGCCAUUGGCACAUUGCUUGCCAGUCUAAGCAAUAAUACUGGACAAUCAACAAUAAGGAGACUUGAGAAAGUCCUGUAUAAUAUUAUUAUUAUUAAAUCUUACUAAUAUUUGAAAAUAAGUACUUAUUAUCUGAUAAAUCAUUUAUCAUACAAAAGAAAUAAACAUACGUACACAUAAAACUUCUCUCAUCUCAGUGAUGGAGAGAGAAUUAUUAUUUUAUUUAAUCAUAUUAAACUUAAUAUUUGAAAAUUAGUACAUCAUUUUUUAUCCUAAAAAUGUAGUCAUGAAAAUAACAUCAAAAUACACUAAUUAGCGAAUAUUUCUCCAUGAGAAAGUCUGCAAAUUGCCAAAUUUUUCAUAACUUAUAGAAAGGUUCCACAGAAAAAUCUGUGAAUCUUGAGAACGCGAAUACAGGGGGUUGACUGUAUAUAUGUUUCAUAGAGAAACCCAUGAAUCUCUUGUCCAUGAAUCCAAAACCACAAAUGGGUAGGGUCGACUGUAAUUGUUGUUAUUGUUUUAGAAGAUAGAAAAAAAUAAGAAUUUGAAGGUAAUUUGGUUUCAAGUGGCUAAUAUUAAAUUAACUUAGAAAUUCAUUUCACUGUAAAAUGAAAAUCUUUAUAUGCAAUGGAAAACUUAUGAAUUAAUUUUUAUUUCUCUGAGGUUUUGUCCUAGGAAGAUAUAAUCCAACGUUUUGCCAAUUAAAUUUCCAAUAUCAUCCUUUUAAUACAUUAUUCCUAUUUAUUUGUAUUAUGUAUUUCUUUAUACAGCAGAUUGUAUGGAGCUAAAUAAGUACAAGAACAGGAUAAUUCAUUUAAGUUCUGCCAACUUUUGAUACAAUUAAUGUGCUGAACAAGUUUCCAUAGAAGAGACCAUCCCUUGUAGAUAAGAGGAUAAGCAGAGUCAACAGCAGAAAAGAAAUAGAAAAACAAAGAAAAAACAGAUAAAUACAGUAUGUACUGGCAACUCUGCUUACUCAAGUCUUAGGUAAUACUAUAAUUGUAAAAAAGUUGUCUCAUGGUCAUGUCUGAAUCAUGCCGACAUUUAUUUGUGUAAAUUUUAGGCAAAUAAAAUCGUGAAGAUGGGAUGUGGUGCAUUCUGGGUAUAUGGAAAUUGAGAGCCUUUCCAGUAUAUUUAAUUUUAUUUUGCAACUGUCAGUUUGUGUUAAAAAAUUAAGAAAAUUGCUGUAAUGUUACACACAAGUUUUGAUUUCACUUUACCAAUAUUAUGUGCAAAAAAAUAAUAAAGAUUUUGAAAUGU